UAUUUUGAGUGCGAUCGGGGGGUGAGUCUGGCAAGUGCGCGCAUAUAUCUUGGUGAUUUCCCGGCAAAAACUUCAUUACCAGUGGAAGUGUGGUGUUAUAAGGCGAGAGUCAGUAGUUUUGACAUGGCGCAGCAGGAAGGUAAUCAAGGUAAUGGCCGUCGCACUGCCCGCGCAGUGCAGCAAGACUUCGGUGACUCACUUGGCUACGCCGAGGAAAUAAUCUGGGAUUUGUUGUCCCAGGAACAGUCCGAUGUACUUAAAAAACUUAAUGAACUCAUUCGCGAUCCGCCACCACUUGACCCAAGAGCGGUUUCCACCAUGUCGCCAGCAGCACUCGAAAGAGAGGAAAGAAACCGUAACAAACUAAUCGCCGAUAAUAUAAAAGCACGCCAGAUCAUCUUCGAUGCCGUUUGGGAGCAACGCAAGUAUACAAACCGUCAAUCGCUUACGGCCCUCAUCUACGUAUUGGUGGUGACGGACACAGACGACCCUAACCGCGCAGAGGAUUCAAGGACUUAUUCCAGCCAUCCGGUAUUCCGGGCACGUCGAUGCAUCACUGGUAGCAGUGGCACCAGUAGCGACACCUCCGACUGCUGCAACUUGUUUGUGGAUGAAAUCGGUCGUGUUUACCAAAAUUGGGAGCAGUAUGUGGCCACCAACGAGCUGCCCGCCGGAGUGAUGGUGGCACCGCAGCGAGGGAUCUAUAGCCUUGUCGACAACAAGGUGCGACUGGACAAGUACGUAACGCCGGCUGGGAGUCCAAAUGCACGUGUGCUCGGAGCUCUGGACACAGGAUCGGCGAUUGGAGGUUUCGCUGCAGUCUGCGUGCCCAUUGCAGCCUUACUUACUUUACCCGUUUCCGCUCCCGCGAUGGCCGUGGCUGGAAUCGUGGGUCUAGCCAGUGCCGGAUACGCCACAGCCCGAUCCGGUGCCAGACUGGUGGAUCGCAGCCAGCAUGAGCAGUCAAUCAAUGUGACAAGCCGCGAGGCACGUGGCCAUUGGCUCGGCGUGAUCGGCGGCGCCGUGGGACUGGGAGCUGCGGGCGCCACCACGGCCUUGACAGCGGCCACAAACGCAGGUCGCGAGGUGGGAGCGGUCACCCAAUUGACUGUGAAUAGCAUGAACAUCUCCUCCAUCGUGGUCUCGGGCACUGGAGUAGCUAAUGGCGUGGUGGAUAUGAUAUUGAAAUAUAAUGACGGUGACGAUAUUACUGGCAUGGAUGUUCUCCAGUUGUCCGCUUCACUGGUUCUCUUUACGCACAGCGCUUACAAUUUCAAACUGGCCUCUACCAUCAUCAAUGAGACGGCCACGAGGAAUAUAUCGGGCUAUCGUGAAACACUUAGCAAUCGUCAAAGGCGAUCCUUUGACAAGGCUGUGAAGGAGACUAUUAGACUGCGCGGCAAUACGCGCGGCAGGUUAGACGUCAUACGAAGCGUCAACGAAGUGCCCUCGCGUCAGCAGUUCAAUGAUCUCUACAGGAUCAAUCAAAAUUUGAACCAGGAGGGCGUUCGCUACUCGUUUGCGCCCGAUGGCCAGGGAUUCCUGCUGAAUGGCGAGGUGCAGGCAUCGGCAGCAGAGAUUCGGGCCAGUGUGCAGCACAACCAGGGACCGAAUGUACUGGGCCAAGUUAGUCAGCCGAUUCCCAGCAGCCAUUCUGCCUCAGGAAGGCUGGAGACUAAUGGACUCAACCAGGUGUCGCGACUGAUUGGACCGCAGCCCACAGCGCAGCCGCGCCGGGAACCCAGUACUUAUGCCGCCGGCGUUUUUGCCUUGCAAUUGAGUUCCGUGGUCGUUGGCGGAGUCACCUUUGUGCUGGAAAAGUACGGUAGCAAUCUCUUCGAACAUGUUAUCAAUGCCAGUAGCUUCGAGGACCUCAUUCUCGGAAUGUCGGAACAUCUGGGGCCGGAUGUGUUUGACUUUGUUUUAAAGCUUACCGCAACAUUUAUGGACACAAUGCUCGAUGAUUUGACCACGGUGCUGAAGUUCUACAUCUCGUCGGAAUCCGUGCUGUUUAGGAUUCUGGAGCAAAUCAGAACGAAGUACCGUGGAUUGCCUUACGAAUUGGUGGCGGAACACACGGGCAAUAUUCUGGCAGCUGUCAGGCGCUACUAUCUUCUCCUUAAUCCAAACUCUUACACCGGCCUUCUGAAAAAGUGUCCCACUUGUGUUGGCUACUUCCGCAUUUCAAAUUUGUGAACACAUCACAAACUAUAAGAUGCUGCUAAUGAUUGGUGCCUUAUAACCAAAGUAAUAACUUACAAAGAGUGCACAAUGAAAAUGCACAACAUUUUAUAUCCUUUUUAAACACUUUUAUACAUAUCUAAUAGAAUUGAAGAAAAAUAUGAGCACAAACUUACAAUUGGAAAUCAAUGUGAUAUACAUUUUAAAAUGAGCGCGAAUUGACAUUUAUUUAUCUUUUAUAAUUUACUUAUGGAACUAAUAAAGAUUUCAAAUUUUACUGCAA